AUGUACAACAGGUUCGAGAAAACACGCAGAGAACACAGGUUUUUAAACGAUGCUAAAAACCCGUCUUUCUCUUCCACCCUACUCGACAAGAUUUACCGUUCCAUCGACGAAGGAGAGAGAAAGAGUGGAGAUAUGAAACAGAGUAGAAUCAACGCGAAGUUCGACAGAGCCGUGGAGGAAGAAGAAGAGUUGGCAACUGCAAAUCUUCGCCGUGCUCGUUUGCUUGAGAAAUGGAUGGAUAGGAAGGUAAGCGAAAAGGUUGGAACGACAAAAAUGGACAGAAAAUCGCAUCACGAUCAUGAUCAUGACCAAGAUGUUCUGUUCUUCAGUUCAAAUUCUAGUUCUUCGGAAUCGAGUAAUUCUGGAUUAUUAUCAUCAUCCUCUGACACAGAAUCCAUGUACGGAGUGAGAUCACGAGUUUCGUGUUUCGCUCCAUCGAGGCCUAAACCAGUUAAGACAAGCGUGUCAGAGAGAACAGAGAAGACACACGAGGAGGGUUUAAUCAAAUCAAAAUCAAGGGCACUGAAGAUUUACAACAAUCUCAAGAAGGUGAAGCAACCCAUUUCUCCAGGUGGCAAACUCACCAAUUUUCUUAACUCCCUCUUUACAACGGGGAACACAAAGAAAACCAAGGCCACGCUCGAAGACGUGAACGCUGAGAGAAAAGCCAAGUCAGGACAAGCCUCGACUUGUUCUUCAGCAUCCUCGUUCUCACGGUCUUGUCUGAGCAAGACUUCACCUUCCUCAAGAGACAAGUUGCGCAAUGGGGCUAAAAGGACAGUGAGUUUUUACCCAGUAAGCGUGAUCGUUGAUGAAGAUUGUCGACCGUGUGGGCAUAAAUGCUUGUAUGAAGGAGAAGACACAAGCUCAAUGAACGUGUCUAUGCCAACCGCGAGGAAAAUUGGAAGGUCAACUCCUAAGAAGAACGAGGAAGAGGUCACGCGAGUGGAGGCGGCUGCUAGAGAGUUCUUAAAAGAGUACCAUCGAAACCAGAAGAAGAGCGAUUUGAUUUUGAAGGAUAUUCCUAUGAGUACAAACGAGGAGGAUGAGGACGACACAGCAAGCUAUUCAAGUGAGGAUCUUUUCGAGCUUGAUCACCUCACUGUGAUGGGGAAUAAUAGGUAUUUUGAGGAGCUUCCGGUGUAUGAGACUACUCAUUUUAGUACUAAUCGCGCCAUUGCUAAUGGCCUCAUGAUGUAGUUCUGUUCAGUUGAAGCCUAUAUGAUGUAAACUAUAUAAUCAUUUCGUUUUUUUU